AUGGCGAUGGAUACAAAUGUGCUACAUAGCUUACAAGUGGCACAAAUGACGUUUUGCUCUUUGUGGAACUCUUCUGAUGGUGGGAAAGUCAAUACGUUGCGGCUGGUCAAUGGGUUCAAUCAUGAACGAACGGACAUUUGUACAUGUUACGAGACGGAAAGUAGUAACGAACAAGGUUCGAGGAAACGACCACGAGCGAAAUGUAACGUCGAUAUGGUUCUGGAUCCUUCAAUGCAAGUGUUGUUGAGCCAUUGCACAGCAGAGUAUCAGGCCAACAAUCCGAGUGAAGACCGUAGCGCGAAUAUUGUGAAGGCGACGGAUGCUGGCGUUCAAAUUCAUGCGGUAUUCGACGAUCACGGCGGCUCCAGGGCAGAACAACACCUCUGCACCUCGCUUUGCCAGCACAUAAUCGCAAAAGUUACGUCCAAAAACUCUAGCGACGAGAUUUAUGCUAUCGACAAUAGCGCAUUUUCUCGUUCCGAUCAGGAACUGAAGCAGUCGCUCUUGGCUCUUCCUCCAGACGUCCAUAUGUCAAAAGACUACUGCAAUGCUGGAUCGUGCGCGGUCAUUGCUUUGUUUAUAAACUCGGUGCUCUAUGUUGCGAACGUGGGAAACUGUGCUGCUGUGCUAGGAAAAGUGAGUGACGAGACUCAAGAGCUUAAGGCGAUUGAAGUAUCAGCUGACCAUUCCUGCAAUAAUCCACAUGAAAUGAAACUUGUGGUUGAGUGCUCUCACGAUCAAAAUGCUAUCAGGAUGAGCAAAGACGAUCAAGCUACUGGAGCAGGCAUCAUCGGCGUCAAACGCGUAGCCGGAAGUCUGGCAAUAACACGCGCGUUUGGUGAUUUCUACCUCAAGUGUCCAGAGCUGAGUUCGGCACCUUUCAAGAGCAAAGUACCGUACAUUACGUCAGAACCCAGCAUUACCACCGUGCACAUGGAUGGCAGCGAAAACUGUCCAUUUGUGAACAAGUUUGAUCUGGAGCAGUCGUUGUUCUUUGCGACUGCUGGUGCUGCUCUCAUUCAUGCUGCUCUGGAGAAGACUGCGCAUAGAAAUGGGAUGAUGGUUCACUAUUGA